AAUCUACAUCAUCUUAAACAGUUAAACUGCAUGCACUGCCGUGGUAAGGUCAUUCAUUCAUAUUAAUCACAUUUUCUCCAUAUCAAUAAAUCUAGGCACCUACUUUUUCCUUAUAAAUACCCCUUCAUUAUAUGUAUAGUUUUUAUUAUUUCUUUCAUUUGAAAAACCCACCACCUUUCCAGAAUCAUUCAAACAACCAUAUUUAUAAAUUUACUAUUUAUAUAUGCAUAUUCACCAAAAAAUAAAUUAAAACCCAUAUUCCAAAGUUACAAAUAUUAAAGCCAAAAAAAUGUUUCAUAAUAUUAUAGAUGCUAUUUCAGGAGAUAGUAGUAGUAGUAGCAAGAACAAGAAGCAAAUAAAUGGAAGAGUAAUAUUGAUGAAGAAGAAUGUGUUGGAUUUCAAUGAUUUUAAUGCAUCAAUUCUUGAUAGAUUUGAUGAAUUGCUUGGUAAAAAGGUGUCAUUUCAGCUUGUUAGCUCUGUUAAUGCCGACCCAGGCAAUGAAUCGAAAGGUAAACUUGGAAAGCCUUCAUAUCUAGGAGAUUGGCUAAAAAAUUUCACUGGUUUAACACCCGGGGAUUCAGCAUUUAAUAUUACUUUUGAUUGGGAUGAGGACAUUGGCGUUCCUGGUGCAGUAAUCAUAAAGAAUGAACAUCACAGUCAAUUUUACCUGAAGUCUGUCACCUUAGAAGACAUUCCUGGUUGUGAUAAAAUCAACUUCGUGUGUAACUCGUGGAUCUACCCAACUAAUCGUUACAAGAAGGACCGUAUUAUUUUCACCAAUAAGACUUACCUACCUGAUGAAACACCUGCACCUUUAAGCAAGUAUCGAGAAGAAGAGCUGGAGGUAUUAAGAGGAACCGGUGAAGCAAAGCUAGAGGAAUGGGAUCGCGUUUAUGACUAUGCAUACUACAAUGAUCUAGGAGAUCCGGAUAAAGGUCCCAAGUAUGCUCGUCCUGUACUUGGAGGAUCUGCUGAAUAUCCUUAUCCUCGCAGGGGAAGAACAGGCCGUCCCCCAACAAAGACAGAUCCUAAAACUGAGAGUAGACUUCCACUUCUGAAGGGUUUAGAUGUAUAUGUUCCAAGAGAUGAGAAAUUCGGACACAUAAAGAUGUCUGAUUUCCUGGGUUACGCGCUUAAGUCCUUGUCCCAGGACUUUUCUGUUGGUCUCGAGUCUAUAUUUGACAAGGAUCGCAAUGAGUUUAAUAGUUUCCAAGAUGAACUGGAUCUGUAUGAAGGAGGAAUUAAGCUACCACAGGGUGAACUAAUUGAGAAGUUAAAGGAUAGCAUCCCAUUUGAAUUACUAAAAGCUUUCCUUCAAACUGAUGGUGCUCCACUUCUAAAAUUUCCAAUGCCUGAUGUAAUCAAAGAGGAUAAGUCAGCUUGGAGAACAGACGAAGAAUUUGCUAGAGAAAUGUUAGCUGGUGUAAAUCCUCUAGCAAUUCGUCGUCUUGAGGUCUUUCCUCCUGUUAGCAAGCUUGAUCCCAAAAUAUAUGGAAACCAAAACAGUUCAAUCACAGAAGAACACAUCAAGAAGAACCUUGGUGGAUUGUGUGCAGAUGAGGCAAUUAAGAAAAACAAGCUAUUUAUUCUAGAUCACCACGACACUAUGAUGCCAUUUGUAAGGCGAAUAAACUCAACUUCUUCAAAGAUCUAUGCCACCAGAACAGUUCUGUUCUUACAAAAUGACGGUACACUGAAGCCUUUAGCUAUCGAGUUGAGUCUACCACAUCCUGAAGGUGAUAAAUUGGGUGCCAUUAGUAAGGUGUUUACACCUGCUCAUGACGGUGUUGAAGGUUCUCUUUGGCAGCUUGCCAAAGCUUAUGUUGCUGUUAAUGAUUCUGGCCACCAUCAACUCGUCAGCCACUGGAUGCUAACUCAUGCAGUGAUCGAACCCUUUGUGAUCGCAUCAAAUAGGCAACUGAGUGUGCUUCAUCCAAUCCACAGACUUCUGCACCCUCAUUUCCGUUAUACUAUGGACAUAAACGCAGUUGCAAGACAAAUACUUCUUAAUGCGGAAGGACUCCUUGAGAAAACUGUAUUCCCUAGACAGUAUUCCAUGGAGCUGUCAUCAGCCGUGUAUAAGAGCUGGGUUUUUACUGAGCAAGCCGUUCCUAAUGAUCUUGUUAAAAGGGGGGUUGCUGUGAAAGAUGCUCAUAUCCCUCAUGGCUAUAAACUACUAAUAGAGGACUAUCCAUACGCCGUUGAUGCACUAGACAUCUGGUCAGCAAUUGAGACGUGGGUGAAAGAAUAUUGCUCAAUUUACUACAAGUCCGAUGACAUGAUCUGUAAAGACAGAGAACUACAGUCAUGGUGGAAAGAAAUCCGAGAAAAAGGCCAUGGUGAUAAGAAGGAUGAGAAAUGGUGGCCAGCUAUGAAGACACUUAAUGAACUAACACAAACUUGCACCACCAUUAUAUGGAUUGCUUCAGCCCUCCAUGCUGCAGUCAAUUUCGGGCAGUACCCUUAUGCCGGGUACCACCCAAAUCGCCCAACUGUCAGUCGAAGGCUCAUGCCAGAGCCAAACACUCCAGAGUAUGAAGAGCUUGAGAAAAAGCCUGACACUGUAUUCCUAAAGACUAUUUCAAACAAGUUCCAAAGUGUAUUGGGGAUUUCGCUUAUUGAGCUUUUAUCUAGACAUCCUUCUGAUGAGAUAUAUCUUGGGCAAAGGGAGACUAAAGAAUGGACUGCAGAUGCCAAACCAUUAGAAGCAUUUGAGAAAUUCGGGAAAACUUUGGAGGAAAUCGAAGACAAGAUUGUAGAGAGAAACAGAGAUGAGAAACAGAAGAAUAGAGUUGGUCCAGUGAAGAUGCCAUACACAUUGCUUUAUCCUACGAGCGAUGCAGGACUCACAGGCAGGGGAAUUCCUAACAGUACAUCAGUCUGAAGUAUGUGAAGUUGUGAACUGGAUUUAUUUGAUCUCAAGCAUUUAGCUUGACAUUUGUGUACAGCUGAAUUACUAUCUUAUUAUUAUUACAAAGCAUGCAAAGAUUCAUUAUUGUAAAAUUAUGUCACACCAUUUAGACAUUUAGUACAACUGUACAAGAGUUCAAGGAAACUAAACUGCUAUACUAUUGUGGGUUUUCAUGUGUAUUUUUUGUGUUUUUAUGGAACAUAAUUGUUAAGUCUA